CUUAACCUCGCAUAGUUGCAAAAACACAAUCACAACAUAAAAUCGAUGUUUCAUUUCAAUUCGAGUCCUAGAAUGGCGAACUGCCAUAUGUUUGGGAUCCAAAUAUUUUUAUUUAUCUCGGUAUUCAUUCAAAAGACAUGGUGCACAGAUUUGAAGAAAUAUCCUAUGUUAAUGCCCAACAUACAUCCAUACAAGGACGAGUUCUAUGUCUGCACACCUAUAAAAAUAGUACCUGACAAGAAUUUUUAUAUUGUUGGUUUUGAACCAAAUGCCACAAUGAAUGUUGCUCAUCAUAUGCUCCUCUUUGGUUGUUCUGCGUUGGCUUCUUUUGAAGAAUAUUGGGAUUGUGGAGAAAUGUCUCAAUCUGAGCCAGACAGCAAACUGCAAAAAGCAACGCCGUGUGCGCAGGGUAGUCAAGUAGUAUAUGCUUGGGCCCGGAACGCCAAACCAUUAAAACUACCAGAAGAUGUGGGAUUUCUUGUUGGGAAGGACACGCCGAUAAAAUAUUUGGUUUUGCAGAUACAUUAUACCAAAAAAUUUCCUGAAGGACAAACAGAUAACUCUGGAUUAUUUUUGCUUUACACCCAGAGACCGCAAAGCAAGCUGGCAGCUGUUUUAUUGCUAGCAGCAGGAGGACGAAUUCCACCCAAAGAAAUCACGCACAUGGACGUGGAAUGCAAAAUUAACGAAGAUAAAGUUUUACAUCCUUUCGCAUACAGGACGCACACUCAUACAUUAGGUCGAGUAGUUUCCGGAUACAGAGUGACUAGGGAAGAAGGACUGGACCAUUGGCAUCUUUUGGGUAAACGAGAUCCUCUCACCCCUCAAAUGUUUUAUCCAGUAUUUGACCAGACACCCAUAAAACAAGGAGAUAAAAUAGCAGCUAGAUGUACGAUGAACAGUGCUACAAGGGACAGAUAUACUGACGUAGGACCGACAAACAAUGAUGAAAUGUGCAAUUUCUAUCUUAUGUACUACGUUGAAAAAGGUACCCCUUUGGAAAUAGCUAGUUGUUACGAUGUGGGCCCUCCAAAUUAUUAUUGGCGCAACAACGACGAUUUGAAUAAUAUCCCGGAAAAAGAAGCUUCGUCUCUCUACUAGUUUAAAAUGGCGAAUGACCUAAAUAUCUACAUUCUUAGCUCUUGUGAUUUUUUAAGUGUAUUUUUAUAAUGAAUUCAAAUUCAGUAUUUUUUUUGUACUUAAUUUUAUGAAGUAUGCACCAAGGAACUUCAACCAUGGCUGUUUAUAUUUUUAAAAACAAUGUUAUCAACAUUUGUUAUAUUUAGACAAAAUUGGAGAAAUCUCUAAAAAUUUAAGUUUUUUUUUUCUGUACUUACUAUGUAAGUAGCACGAAUCUCACAUGGUGCACUACCAACAAGUUGAUUGUGAUUAUAUUACCUUGAAUUCCAGUAUGUAUAUACCCAAGGUUAGUAUAUACCUACAUUUUAUUUGUGUAUUCUAUAUUUAGUACCUAAACUUCAGGGACUUCUUACCUUAUCAUAUCAUGUAAUGUAUGGUGUAUGCAUUUAAUUGUAUCUCUACUUGCAAUAUCAUGCACAGUUAUGUCCAUUCUCAAUGGCACGUUCCGAUUUUCUAGUCCAAACAAUUUGGAUUUGUUGUUAGUAUGUUGGAUUGAUUGGCGUUACUAAAAGACAAUUAUUUUAAAUAUCUUCAUUAAAAAGCUCAAUUAAUUUUAGAGUAAAAAAAUAGGAUCUGAAAAAUUAAUUGAUUAUGAUCGAUGUACUAACAACAAAAUAAUUUUAGCAAAUUGGUGUUAAUUUAAUGUGGUGACAUUGUAUUGAUUAUGACCUAAAGACAACACAUUAUAAUUAUUAGAUUCUAUAUAGUCAAAUUAUUUAGCAUAAAAAUAAAGCUUUUAGGGAAUAAUAAUUUAAAAAAAAACCUAAACUACCUAUUAUACAUACAGAUUAUAUUUAAAGUUUAAAAAAACAUUACUGAAUAGAUUCAAAAAAUAGUUACAUUAAUUUUUUUCUUUGUUGCUUGAUGUCAACUAGUCAAAAAAUAGGGAUAGGGCAUUAACAUCAACAAAGAGUAUAAUUGAAUUCUAUAUUUUUUUGAAGUAUUUAUUGAAAAGUUGCAAUGUUGUGCCCUAGUCUAUUACAAACUCCGUCAGAAAGAUUCUAUAUUAAAACUGUUAUUUGAUAGUAGCAAAUUUUUUAUCUUGAUAAUAGAGGUAGCUACUUGAGCUAUGUGAUAGUUAAGUAGAGUUGCAUGUUUAUAUUUUAUGGCAUUAAUUUUAUUCUAUUGUGUUACGUUACAGCAGAUAAUAAAGCGUUUUGAACGUGA